AUGUCGGAGACCUUCGAAUUUCAGGCUGAGAUCUCUCAGCUUCUGUCCCUCAUUAUCAACACCGUCUAUAGCAACAAGGAGAUUUUCUUGCGAGAACUCAUCUCCAAUGCCUCAGACGCCCUCGACAAGAUCCGCUAUGAAGCUCUCUCAGAUCCCUCCAAGCUCGAUUCGGGCAAGGACCUGCGCAUCGACAUCAUCCCCGACAAGGAGAACAAGACCUUGACCAUCCGUGAUACCGGUAUUGGCUUCACCAAGGCUGACUUGGUCAACAACCUUGGUACCAUCGCCCGCUCAGGCACCAAGCAGUUCAUGGAGGCUCUCACCGCUGGUGCUGAUAUCUCCAUGAUUGGCCAGUUCGGUGUUGGUUUCUACUCAGCCUACCUUGUUGCUGACAAGGUCACCGUCAUCUCAAAGCACAACGAUGAUGAGCAGUAUAUCUGGGAGUCAUCUGCCGGUGGCACCUUCAGCAUCGUCCCCGACGCCGAUGGUGAGGAUCUCGGCCGUGGCACCAAGAUCAUCCUGCACCUGAAGGACGAGCAGACCGAAUACCUCAACGAGUCAAAGAUCAAGGAGGUCAUCAAGAAGCACUCCGAGUUCAUCUCAUACCCCAUCUACCUCCACGUUCUCAAGGAGACCGAGAAGGAGGUCCCAGAUGAGGAUGCGGAAGAGGUCGAAGAUGACGAUGAGAAGAAGGCCAAGAUCGAAGAGGUAGAUGACGACGAGGAAGAGAAGGAGAAGAAGCCCAAGACCAAGAAGGCCGAGGAGAAGGAGUACGAGGGUCUUGCCAAGUCGCUCAAGAACGUCCUUGGCGACAAGGUUGAGAAGGUCGUUGUCUCCCACAAGCUCAUCGGCUCCCCCUGCGCCAUCCGCACCGGCCAAUUCGGUUGGUCUGCCAACAUGGAGCGCAUCAUGAAGGCUCAGGCUCUCCGUGACACCUCCAUGUCCAGCUACAUGUCCUCCAAGAAGACCUUCGAGAUCUCGCCCAAGAGCGCCAUCAUCCGCGAGCUCAAGAAGAAGGUCGAGGCUGACGGUGAGAACGACCGCACUGUCAAGUCAAUCACUCAGCUGCUCUUCGAGACUUCGCUCUUGCUUGUCUCGCUUGGUCUCAACGUUGACGAGGAUGAGUCCGAGCCCGAGGAGAAGGCCGACGAGGAGGUCCCUGCUGCCGCGGCUGGCGAGAGCGCUAUGGAGGAGGUCGACUAA